CCGUCUUCAGAAUACACUUUACUCGCCAGUGACUUGAGAUUCCUGUGAAGCAAUUGGGCUUCAACUCCCAUCCUAGGAGGCGGAGUCUUAACUUAUUAAAAGGAACUUGCCGAGGCUUGGACGCCCGCAAAUAUGAUGAUGAUGUCUCUGAACAGCAAGCACCAUUUUGCUAUGGCCCACACCAGCUUGCCCGAACCGAAGUAUUCGUUGCAUUCAAACUCCAAUUCCAAUGUAGCCUCGUCCUCCUGCUCCUCCGCCCGACACAGCAACUCCAUCAUCAGCGGCAGCGGCAGCUCGGAGGCGAUGCGCAGAGCCUGUCUCCCAACCCCACCGAGCAAUAUAUUCGGAGGCUUGGAUGAGAGUUUGUUGGCCCGGGCUGAAGCUCUAGCGGCGGUGGAUAUAGCCUCGCAGAACAAGAACCACCACCACCCUCCACAUCACAGCCCCUUCAAGCCGGACGCAACCUACCACACCAUGAACACUCUCCCCUGCACCUCGUCUUCCUCCUCCGCCUCCUCGGGUCCUAUUUCUCAUUCGUCUGGCCAGCACCAUCACCACCACCAUCACCACCACCACCAGCCACUGGAGGGGGACCUGCUGGAUCACAUCUCCCCGGGACUGGCACUAGGAGCCAUGGCAGGGCCGGAUGGCUCGGUGGUUUCUACGGCUACGCACCCUGCCCACAUGGCGGGCAUGAACCACAUGCACCAGGCAGCCCUCAACAUGGCUCAUGCCCACGGGCUACAGCAGCACAUGGGCAUGAGCGACGUGGACGCCGAUCCCAGGGACUUGGAAGCCUUCGCUGAGAGGUUUAAGCAGCGACGGAUCAAACUCGGGGUUACCCAGGCGGAUGUAGGGUCAGCUUUAGCCAGCCUGAAGAUACCUGGGGUGGGCUCCCUCAGCCAGAGCACCAUCUGCCGAUUCGAGUCCCUGACUCUCUCUCACAACAACAUGAUCGCUCUGAAGCCCAUCCUGCAAGCAUGGCUAGAAGAAGCCGAGAAAUCACACAGGGAUAAACUUAAUAAACCCGAGUUGUUCAACGGCGCGGAGAAAAAGAGGAAGCGCACAUCGAUAGCCGCACCAGAGAAGAGGUCACUGGAGGCCUAUUUCGCCAUUCAGCCGCGUCCCUCUUCGGAGAAAAUCGCAGCAAUCGCAGAGAAGCUGGACCUGAAGAAGAACGUGGUCCGGGUCUGGUUUUGCAACCAGCGACAGAAACAGAAAAGAAUGAAAUACUCUGCAUGUAUCUGAAACCGCUCUGAACCACCACCCACCAAAAGACUUGGAACUGUUUAGAGACGAUUUGUAUCAUAUUUCCUAUCUCACACCUUGUUUUCCAAUCAUCGAUGACUUUGU